AUGCGGCCCCCACUAUCACUCCUCCUGUUGUACAGCCUCCUAAGCCUAUCAAGCGGCUUCACAACCAAUGACAAGAACCCACCCCUCAGAAAUGCGAAUCGCAUUUUCAACGCAAUCCAAGACUCAAUGCGUCAGUGGGGUUCAUCCCUCCACCACAACGGCGUAUCCUUCUUCCUAGCAAGAGUACCGGCCGGCACACAACUCUACCACGGAACCUCCAAGUCAAGCCCUGUAAAUGGAACAGAAUGGCUAGCAUUUGAGCCGGAACAUGCCAUGGUCUUCGCCAGGCCAAGACGUGGUCCUCCACCCGGUGGACCGCCGCCGGGCGACGAUCAGGACGAUCCCGAGAGACCCGAAGGCCGGCAUGGAGAGCUGCGCAAGAGGCAGCCUCAUGGGCCUAAUGGAAAACAUCCGGAUGCGUGGGCUGAUAACUUCGGCGAGAAUGAUGCAGGAUAUCUGCAUACUUAUGCUGCUGCUAAGAAUUUGAGGCUUUUGUAUGUUGAUGGUAUGUCUGCUGCCAAAACUUCGAAGGGUACACUCGAUUCGCAGGAUAUCUUGCUAUUUAAUAGGUCUGUGGGUGAUCGGCUUGUGGGUGAUACGCCUGUUGGUGGCCCUCCUGGUGAGAAUGAGCGUGCUCGUCUGGCUUGUGAGAUGGCUGAGAAGGAAUGGGGUGGUCGGAUUGAUGGUCUGCUUCGCAUGGAGGCUGGAUUUGAGAUUAUUCUCUGUGCUUUUGAGCGCGAUCUUACUCCUUUGCGUAUUACGCAGGUCAAACCUCGGGGUAAGGAUGACUUUGUUUCUCAAGGUGGCCACAAACAAGGAGGUCGUGAGGGACGCAAGCAGGAUGACAAUGAUAAUGGGAAGAGACGUGGACCAGGUGGUCCUCCCCGCGGCGGGCCUGGUCAUGGACCUGACUCGUCGAAUUGGAUGCGUGCUGUUACCGCGCGAUAUCACGGCAUCGGUGGGAACAGAGUGACGUUGAACUAUGAUCACUUCGUGACAGUGUUCUCUUACGAUGUUAAUCUGUUCCAAGAUGACUCGCAUCUUCCUCGCCUGGGCCACCUCUCUCGCUCAGAGCUGGAUGCCAUCCGGGGUGAUAUUACGACACUGAUCAUAAACAACGACGCAACCGAGAAGUCCCAGGACUGGCAGGUUAUUGCCGAUAUGGUCGUUACUCGGUAUGGCAAAGAUCUCUCGUACCUUGUCUCGGGCAAGAUCAACUCACUUGAGACCCUGCAAGCUGAGAUGGAACGAGUCAUGUCUCCAUAUAUUGACUACAGUAAUCGGAAUGACGUUGUCGAAACUCAACGAUGUGCUACCCAAUUCCUGCCACCUCAUUCAUUGGACUCGGAGUGUCUUGCAGCACAUGCCGUGUACAGCGUUGCAAACAGUAUCUGCUCCAAGCUGCUGGAGGCUGGUAAAGAAACGGACUUGGAAUCUGCAGUGCAGAUUCUUCGGGAUCUUGUUGAUUACCUUGAUUGGACGACUUGGAAAGAGUGCCGUGGAUGCGCAGCGGAUGAACUUUGUGUUGUUCCCAUUUGGCCUAUGGGCACAUUGAAGGACUAUGAAAGCCCUAGCUGCAAGGAUGCUUCGAAACCUUAUGACCAAGAUGGAGAAAGUUAUUGGGGCAGAAUGCGUCACUGA